AUGCCGUCCAUGUACAUGUACCUGCAUACGUCCGACUAUGCGCCGUUACUGUGCAACGUCAACAGACCUGCCAUCCAACCCCUCAGCUUAUCGUUGCCCAGCGAUCGACAGAUGACCCGUAUCUCCGGUAUCCCAGCGAUACCUUGCCGCAAUCCACAUCCCGCGGAUACCAUCAUCCUGGAUCGCGAGUAUAAGUCCCGAGCCCAUUCGCGCGAUGCCAGAGCUACGGAUCAUACCCGGCCGCUUUCAAUCCUCUCCCGCUCAUCUGUUGCAUACUCGCUUGGAGCCAUGGUGUCAGCGCUCUUUCUUGCAAGAGCUCUCGUGGCAUUUGCCCCAUUGAGGAGUGUAUGGGCGCAGUAUGGAUCAGGUCCACAAUUUCCAUUGCUGUUGGAUGCGACGGCCGAGGAACUGACGUUGGGGUUGGAGUGGGGCAACUUUACGAGUGUGGAUUUGGUCAAUGCGUAUGUGGCUCGUAUCAUUGAGGUCAACAGCACACUUCACAUGGUUACUGAAAUCAACCCGGAUGCUUGGAAUAUUGCAAAAGAGUUGGAUGAGGAGCGCGCGAAUGGUACACUGCGUGGACCCCUGCAUGGUCUCCCGAUACUCAUCAAGAACAACAUCGCGACCGCAGACAAGAUGAACAAUACCGCUGGAUCCUGGGCCCUCGUUGGGGCCAAAGUUCCACGCGAUGCAACUGUCGCCUCUAAACUACGCGCUGCGGGCGCCAUCCUUCUUGGGAAAACCAACCUCUCCCAAUGGGCCAACUACCGCUCGUCCAACUCCUCGAACGGGUGGUCCGCUCACGGAGGGCAAACAUACGGUGCUUACUAUCCGGGCCAAGAUCCCUCUGGUAGUAGCAGUGGCAGCGGUGUGGCUGCAAGUCUGGGUCUCGCAUUUGGCACUCUAGGCACAGAAACAGACGGCUCCAUCCUCUCCCCCAGCCAACUCAAUAAUAUUGUAGGCAUUAAACCUACCGUCGGACUAACGAGCCGAUCCCUGGUGAUUCCAAUAUCGGAGCGUCAGGACACAGUAGGCCCAAUGGCGCGAACAGUGAAAGAUGCAGCGUACAUUCUGCAAGCCAUCGCUGGCCCAGACCCGGCGGACAACUACACACUCGCCAUCCCGUGGUCUCAAAAUUCAUCAGUGCCAAAACCAGAUUAUGUAGCAGCAUGUACCUUGGAUGCUCUCCACGGCGCCCGCAUUGGCGUCCCACGCAACGCACUCGGUCGCCGCACCGCAUCCUCCGCUCCCAUUCUCGACGCCUUCGAAGCUGCUCUCGACGUCCUCAGUAACGCGGGCGCGAUCAUAGUAGACAACACAAACUACACCGCCUACGCCUCCUACCUCAACUCCACCGCCGAAGACACCGUCCUCAGCGGCGACUUCGGCCCCAAUCUCGCGUCCUACCUCGCCCAACUCACCCACAACCCAAACACCAUACACACCCUAGCCGACCUCACAGCCUUCACAAAAACCACACCCGUAGAGCAGUUCCCCUCGCGCGACACCGCUAUCUUCGACACCAGCCUCUCCCUCAACUUCACAAACAUAGACCCCGAAUUCUACGCCGCUUACCAAUAUAACCUCUACCUCGGCGGCCAAGGCGGUCUCCUUGGCGCCCUCGAAACACAUCAUCUCGACGCCGUCGUUCUCCCUUCCAACGUCGCCGCCGGUAUCUCCGCCAUCAUUGGCGCCCCCGUCAUCACCGUCCCGCUCGGCAGUUUACCCGCUAACACAACGGUACGCAGGAACCCGCGCGGCGACUUGAUCGCAGCUGCGCCAGGCAUCCCGUUUGGAAUCAGUUUUGCGAGUAGGAAGUGGAGUGAGGAAACUUUGGUGGGGUUCGCGUUUGCGUUUGAGCAAAGGACGCGGGUUAGGGGGAAGGUGAGGGCGUAUUUGGACCCGCGGACGGAGUUGCGGGAUGUUGUUGUGGGGAGGGGGUAG